AGAAAAUGGCGAAACGAUUCAAGUUCAAGAUACCGCGAGUCUUCGCUUCGUUCAAAUCUUGCCGUUCAAAAGACCCUUCUAAUCUCCCAUCAAAUCCUGUCCCUUCAUUUUGUAGACUUUCUUCAGUCAACAACCACCCUAUCACUCGCCAUUUACCACCACCACCACCACCACCUUCGUCAAAGUUGCCUCAUCACUCCUCAUUCAAACGUCACGUUACCUCCGCGUUUUCGUCAAUCGGAUGCGGUCUCCGGUCAAGAUCGUCGGCAAAGUACUUGUCUGAAACCGACCGCAGUGAAUCGCCGCCGCCGCAGCCGACGUUGGAGUUUCACUGGGAGAAAGAAGAUGGAUGGCAUGUUAUAGCCAAAGCUUAUAAUAAUAACGAAACCCCACGACGCAACAAAGUCUACGAUGCCGCAAUCGACAACGAUUCAUUCCCACCACCACUACCUCCGCUUCCGCCGCCGCCGCCUCCCAACACGGUGAAGAAAAAAAGACGUUACAAAAAGAAGAAAACGACGCCGAAAUUCCGUGUAAGCACUUCAUCGGCCGAAAGUAUAUUGUUCAGCAGCGAAAGCUUCGAAGAAGAAGACGAAACGGAGACCCUAGUCUCCACCGAUUCAUCAUCGGAGAUGAUGUUCGCCGCCAACUUGGAAGCCAUACACGAAACUAGGCAAACAAGGCAAAAAAAGAAGAAACCCAAGAAAGUUAAACCCAAACGUUACGCAUUGAGGUUUUCUUCGUCGGAGGAGAGUGAAUCUCCAGCGAGAUUGUCGAGCUUCUUGCAACGUAUGGUGCCGUGUACGGUGGAAGGCAAAGUGAGAGACAGCUUUGCGGUUGUUAAGAAAUCGGAGGAUCCGUUCGAGGAUUUCAAAAAGUCGAUGAUGGACAUGAUAUUAGAGAAACAAAUGUUUGAUGAAAAAGAUUUGGAACAGCUGCUGCAUUGCUUCUUGUCCUUGAAUUCAAGAGAUCACCAUGGCGCCAUUGUUGAAGCUUUUUCUGAGAUUUGGGAAGCUUUGUUUUCACGAAGAUCAACUAGUUUUCGAGUUUCUUGUGGGUUAAAUUGAAUAUUAAACGUAAGUAGUUGGUAAAUUUUAUAAAUUAUCCCACUUCUUUAAGGUUUAUAACCCUAUCUUCUUACUCAUGCCAUUGUAAAAUGUAUUAAUUUAGUCUAAUGUGAAUUUCAAUAUUUAUAA